GAACACAAGUGUCAGGUCGAAUGACACAGAUCAUUGCUUCACGUUAUUUUACUCCGUGUGGACGAUACGGAACAUGGCGACUACAUGUGAGCGUUAAAUGAUUUCCGGCUUUCACAAGACGACGACAUAAAGCACAGGUUAAUGAGGAGGGAGAGCAUAGACCUUAUAUUUGUCUGGAUGUCAUAAACUCUUAUGACCUGACAGAAUGAUUCAUAGAUGUACUCCAAACACCUGGGGGAAAGUAAGUGGAAUUCUGUUGUGGCAGAGACAUGCAGCAUCACUUCCAUUGUCUGAUACCUCUCACUGUAGGAUUCAUGCACAGCAACCUGGUUGCUACAAGGCCGGUCGUCUCAUCUGGAAGCGCUCCCACCACCAGAGGAGCAGGGCUCGUAAAGGGUUGCUCUGUAAAGCCAACCAGGUUAGACAAAGUCUGGGACUCCACACCAGCAGCCCGUCUCUGAACACUUCGGCCUCACGUUGGACGGCUGGUCUAAGCCAACACAUGUCUCGGGUCAGGAACACGCUGGACACAGUUUCUAAAGCUGUGAGUGGGACACACUCGCAACUUCUCUCCAAAUUAACCAGACUAAAACCAAACUCUUCGAAGGCUUUGAACAAGGCUGAGGUAAGUGUUGAGUCAACGCCAAAAGCUGAGGAGGGUUUAAUCACAGGUUCUCCUGCUCCCAACAAUGCUGCUCCUCCUUCUACAACCACUACACCCACUCCUGUAAUUAACUCAUCCUCUGCGAGUCCCUCUGUUCCUUCAACUGCUGCUGCAUGUGAUGCAAGUGCUGCUACCUCCACUCAUUCUCGCAAUUCCGCAUCAGCAACCGUCGCUGCCACAGUUGUGACUGGGCGAGAAAUAAAGGAGAGAAAAAUAAAGCGUAUCGUUCCUCCUGUCAAAGCCAGUUCUCCCAUUGUUAAGAAAGAAGAGCCUCAAGCUUUUUCGAGCGACUUGGGGAACAAGAGCACAACUCCCAAUCAACCCACAGCACUAUUCCAUCCCAGCCCCUUUUCCGUCAACCUGGAUGAGACGUACAACUACCUGUCCCAUCACAUCAACGCAUACUUUGGCACCAGUACAAAGACUCAGGAAAAGAAAGUGGACAAUGUUGACUGCACUGCUUCCUCUCAGGGACAACAAACCUUUGACCUCAUGCCAGUGUCGGAUAAAAGUGGCACUGCUCCUCCAGUUACUCCUCCUUCCUCUAAGAAGGGUCUAGGACACUACCUGUCGUACUCGGCUCCCACUGUGCAAGCCUUCGUUGGCAGCUACUUUGCUCCCCUGGUCCCCAAAUUCAGGUCAGCAGAAUCCAAGACGGCUGCAGUGGCAGAGAGGAAGAUUGAGGAAGCAGCAGUGAAACAGGUUGAGGCCACUGUUAGUAAGGAGCAGAAGGCCGCAGAGGAGAAAGCCAAGAAGCUUCUACAUCAAAGGGAAAAGAUUAUUGCCAGGGUUAGUGUGGACAAUCGUACUAGGGGGCUGGUCCAGGCUCUGCACAGGGCAUCAGAUGUUAGGGUCUAUAUCAACAGAGUGGAAGACCUCAGCUACCAUCUCCUGGAGUUUCCAGAUACUCGUGUUGUUGCUGUCAAGGAGAGGGUCAUCCCUUGCCUCCUGCGUCUGAAGCAGGCCAGUGACCCAGGCUUGAGGGCAGCAGUCAGAGAAGCCCUUGCUCUGGUGGGCUAUCAGAUGCCUGUUAAAGGUCGCGGUGUUCGGAUCCUUUCCAUUGACGGAGGAGGUUUGAGGGGACUUCUCGCGCUUCAGACUUUACAGAAGCUGGAAGCCAUGACCGGCAAACCCAUUUACCAACAGUUCGAUUAUAUCUGUGGUGUCAGCACAGGUGCUAUCCUAGGGUUCAUGUUAGGUGUGUUCCAAAUCCCGCUCAACGAGUGUGACGACCUGUACCGGAAGUUGGGCUCAGACGUUUUUAAGCAGAACGUCAUUGUCGGCACGGUGAAGAUGGGCUGGAGCCAUGCAUUCUAUGAUAGUGAAGUCUGGGAGAAUAUCCUCAAAGAGAAGAUGGGUUCUCAACUCUUGGUGGAGACUUCAAGAAACGCAGAAUGCCCCAAGGUGGCAGCGGUGAGCACCAUUGUGAACCGGGGAACGCCACUGAAGGCUUACGUGUUCAGAAACUACAACCUCUUACCUGGGGUGCGUUCACACUACCUUGGCGGCUCCCAGCACCAACUCUGGCAGGCGAUCCGAGCCUCGUCAGCAGCUCCUGGGUAUUUUCAAGAGUUCACCUUGGGCAAUGAUCUCCACCAGGAUGGAGGUCUGCUGAUUAACAACCCCACAGCACUGGCUGUCCAUGAGUGCAAGUGUUUGUGGCCUAACACGCCCUUGGAGUGUGUGGUCUCGCUCGGCACAGGUCGCUUUGAAAACCCCGGCAAGAACAACACCACUUACACGAGUCUGAAAACCAAAAUCACCAAUGUCAUCAGCAGCGCCACCGACACAGAGGAGGUCCACACCAUGCUCGACGCCUUUCUCCCUCCUGACACGUAUUUCCGCUUCAAUCCCUGCUUGAGCGAGGAAAUUUCCAUGGAUGACAGCCGAGAGGAGAAGCUCAGCCAGCUGCUGGAAGAGGGCGUCCACUACCUGGAGAGGAACGAGGAGAAGCUGAAGAAAGUUACCCGCAUCCUCGCUCGAGAGAAGAGCUCCGUCCAGAGGAUGACGGAGUGGGCCAGGCUCAAAGCCGACAUGUAUAACGGUCUUUCCUUUCACUCCUCUAAGGUGUAGAUCCGUAAGCCACUUUUACUUCACAUGGAAACAUGUCCUUUUACUCUAAAUUGCCUAGAAGAAGUCUUGUCACCAUGAUUAGUGUGCCAGACUUGUUGACUCCUUGUAGCUUUGAAGAAAAUUGUGUAAACACACGAGUAGGUAAUGUGUCCAACAUGCCAACACUACCUUCAUCACUCACGCAACACUAACUUCAUCACACACGCAAACUCAAACUCUCUUCAACAGUAAGUGAGUUUCAGUUUUUUGGGCAGAAAAAAAAGCAUCUGUUUGCCACUGUGGUUUGGCAGCUCUCAACUUCCCGUCACUUUCAAAGACGAUGUGUCAAAGGAUGUUUGGAUUUGGGAAAUCCGUGAGAGGGAUUCACUAACAGCCUCACAAGCAAAUGCAUGUUGUAUGAUUAAAGGAAGAGUUUAAGAUUUUUGGGCAUUGUGCAUAUUGACUUCCUUGCCAAGAGUUUGGAUGACGAGAUCAAUACCACUUUUAUUUUGUCUGUGCAGUGAGUAUGGAGCACUGCGAAGACAAGCAGAUUGGGGACUAGCUUGAUAGGAGAUUCUAAAUUGACCGUAGGUGUGACUGUGAAAGUGAAUGGUUGUUUAUCUCUGCAUGGAUCUGUGAUGGACUGGCGACCUGCUCAGUGUCAGCUGGGACUGGCUCCAGUUCCUCCGCGACCCUCAAAGGUUUAGCAGUCUAGAUAAUGGAUGGAUGAUUGUACGUGAGUAUGAAUCCUCUAGCUUAGCUUAGCACAUACUAUAAAGAAGAGGGGGGGGGAGCUAGCCUGGCUCUAUCCCGAGCUGUAAUCCAGUCAGACUCAGCUAUCCCCCCCCGGCUGUGUACAGAAACGAGACUUGUAUUGAUCCUCGCAUCUAACUUCCAGCAAAAAAGCAAUACAUUUUUGUUAUUCCUUAAAGGAAAUAAAAAAUGUAAGUUUGUUUAAGUAUGUCACCUUAAAUGUUGAUCUAUCCCUUAAUAUAGCAUAUAGCAUAAACUACUGUAAAAUGCUACGGUAGCAUCAAGGAUUUCUUUCAGACGGUUUUAUCCCGAAUGAGCACUUAUGAACAAUUUUCUUUCCUUUGGAAGAUUUGUUAUGAAAGCCAAAUACAAAAACCUGUGUUUGUACAGAAACAAUAUGUAGAUGGGAUAUAUGUGUUAUUUAAAAGGUGUAUUUGUUCGGCUUUGCCAACAUAUCAAAACAAGAAUGUAAAGAAAGAACAAGAAAGGAACAAUAUGUUUGUAAAUGGUCGAAUCACGGUCAAUGAUUUCACAGUCAAUUUGCACAUUUAAUAAUACGUCAACUGGUCAACUAUGUGAUUGCAUAUUGAUCAGUGUAACAGCUGUACCACUUCAAUCUUUGCUGUAUUACACAUGUUAUAUCUAGAUUUUAUGCCCAAUGGCAAGUCAGUUUCUAAGGGUGUACGUUGCAAAUAUUUCCUGUAAUUAAUGAUAAUAAUGAUUAUGCAUAAAUAGCAUAUAUAUAUAUUUAAAGUAUUAAGACCUAUCAUAAUGAACCCAACCUGUCAUCAGGAUUUACUUUUAUGUGUUAUUUUAACCCUCAAAUGUAUUUGAGUUCAGUUGUUCCAGAAGCUUUUACCAUUGUGUGCUUGAUUUAUAUAGUUUUAUGGAUUCCCCACAGGCUAUGCACAUUUUCUGCUCCUUCUUCAGAGUUCACUCUCUCUUUGAUGCGUCUUCUCAAAAGCCUCUUUCCCCCUCUCUACCUUGAAGUGCUGUGUUUCAGUCCCCACUCUGCUGUACUAUGGCGCUUAUUCAAAUCAUACAGGUUUUAGCUGGAAGACUGACUCAAGAGAGAUUUGUGCAUAUUGAUUUGUCAUGACUGCAAAUGAUCCUGUUGAAUAAACCAGAAAAAGCACUGAAUAUGUUCGUCCUCAUGUUUAACCUGUUCAGGUACUGUUCAACUCAGAUAUUGUCCAGAUUAAUGUAAUUCCACUGUUCUCAUGCUUGACGUUGUAUGUAAUUAAAACCCGUCACUGAA